ACAACAGUCGUCCUCGGGCCUCAGCCUGCCUCCUCACACAUUGUCGCUAAUAGCACAUUCAGGCCUUCAAAGCAGCCCUCAAUACCAAUCAGGUGCUCCAAAUCCAAGAAUCGCGGGCUUUCAAGAACGAAACAUCGAGGGUUCCAUACCUCGGGCCUGAAUAUAUCCCUCUCCGUAACAAGCUGUCACCGUCCGCCACAGGUAUAAAGAUGGACCAGGAUCAGUACUUGAACUCCGAACCCGAGUCUCAUGAAGACAUGCCCAUUUCCCCCCUCAAUUCACCCGACUCUGUUCCCACUACAUCUGGAGCUGGAGUGAUGUCAAGGAAGCGCGCCAGAACGUCUACUACUAGCGACGAAAUCGAGGAGAUGCUUGGAUGCGGGGAGGAGAGCUCGUCUCAGCAAUGUAUCGUGAAACCUGAAACCGGUUUCCCGAAAAGAGACGAUUCCUAUUAUUUUGAAGACGGCAGCUUCGUGCUGCAAGUUGAGAACACGCUAUUCAACGUCCAUCGCACAAUUCUGUCGAAAGAUUCGUCGCUGUUCAGCUCCAUGUUCCAGUUGCCCCAGGGAGGCAAUGACGUUGAUGGGAGAUCAGACGACCACCCUCUUUUGCUGCCCGGUGACAGGGUUGAGGAGUUCAAGGAUUUCCUAUGGGCUCUAUACGCGUUACCCCAUGAACUCAUGUCAAUUCAUGCUCCCAAGGCGGAUUUAACACGCCUAGUUGACAUCGCGAGAGUCUCGUUCAAGUACCACUUCAAGUCGCUGGAGACCUGGGCCCUGGACGCUAUCAACGAACACGUUAACCGCAAGGAUUCCUCCAUAUUCGCCUUCUCAUCAGCGUCUCCUACAACCAGUGCCCCGGGGGUUGCAACGCCUAUUUCGCGAGCAGCAUUCCAUGCUAACGGGGCACAACUUUCCCAGCUCGUGAGACUUGCGCAGCUGUGCGAACAUGAACGCCUGCUCGCAACCAUGGUCGCACUGUUGAAACGCAUGAUGACCCAAGGCAUCCAGUACGCACAUCUCGCCAUGACAUUGGCAGAUGAGCUUGACUUGAGGGUUCUGCGUGGCGUGGCGUAUCUCGAGGUGAUGCAGAAAGCUGUGGUCGUGGUCCGGAACGGGAGGGGCCAGGCGGGCGUAGACAAAGAUGCCGAAGAAGAUGACGUUGUCGACAGCGAAGGCAGGCUCAUCGUGUCCCCCGAACAACGACUCCGUCUGCUCACGGGCUACUACCGACUUACACAAGCGUGGGAGAAGCUUCGCACCAGCCCUAUUCCAUUCGACCACGCGCCAUCGUGCGGAGCAACAUGGCACCAGCAUGGAUGCACUCAGAGUUGGCUGGAUUUCUGGAAGGAGAAGACGAAGGGGGAUACAGUGUUGCAGUUAAGCCUAUCAGACCUGUUGGGUCGCUUGAGGGCAAUCGCAAAGGAGUUCGACCGGUGGGGAAGCGCGACGUACAUGCAUCAUGAUUGUCGGAUGACGGCGCGAAGAGUGAUUCAGGAGAAGAUUAGGAAUGUAGAAGAAUCAUUGCCGGAUUUCUUCAUCGAGGAAGGAAUGCAAGGAUAGGGUAUAUAUUUCGCGGGGACUUCUAGAACGUGAACGCUGGUUUUGCGCUGGUCGACAUCUUUUCGGGCUCAUAGUCAUACUUAACUGGAUCAUUGAUACUUGAGGAUUCAAGGUGGAUUGAUUAAUACAUGGUUCCAUAAUAUUGUUAUUGAUAACGUACAUACAUACAUGAUAUGCUGUUAUUGUCGGGUAUAUGACGACUACCUACGACUUUUAGCCUUCCGAGCCCUCGUCGUUCUCUUUGUUGUACUACUGGUAGGAGAGCCUACAUCGCUGCCUGCGUUCCCGGUACC